AUGUCCUCGCACGACGCCCGCUCCCUGCGCCAGUCCAAGCGCAUGUCCGUCACCGCCCUGUACCUGUCCAUGUCCGCGAAGGACAAGGACCUCGAGAUCUCAGACGACCUCGCCAAAGCCCAGAAAGUGCUGCGCGAAUUGAAGUCGAAAAUAUCCUCGCAGUCCAAGAAGAAUUUCGUACUGGAAAAGGAUGUGCGAUAUCUAGAUUCGAGAAUCGCGCUGUUAAUCCAGAAUCGCAUGGCGUUGGAAGAACAAAACGAAGUCGCCAGCCACCUCGACGAUUCCACCGAAGUGCAGGAGGGCGUCUUCCCCAACGACGACAAGACCCAGAAAUACGGCAACCUGCUCUUCCUCCUGCAGUCUGAACCACGCCACAUCGCCCACCUUUGCAGACUGGUCUCCAUGGCCGAGAUCGACUCGCUUCUCCAAACCGUCAUGUUCACCAUCUAUGGAAACCAAUACGAGAGCCGGGAAGAGCAUCUCCUGCUCACCAUGUUCCAGUCCGUCCUUACCUACCAGUUCGAUAAUACCCCAGAGUACUCCUCCCUCCUACGCCAGAAUACCCCCGUAUCCCGCAUGAUGACCACCUACACUCGACGAGGGCCCGGUCAGGCCUACUUGAAGCAAGUCCUCGCCGAGCAAAUUAAUUCGCUCAUUGAAUUGAAAGACGUUGACCUGGAGAUCAAUCCCUUGAAGGUCUACGAAACCAUGGUGAAGCAGAUCGAAGACACCACCGGAAUACUGCCAGACUAUCUGCCAAAAUCAGUGACCGCUGAAGUCGCAGCGGCCAACGAGCAGGUCCAGGCCAUCAUCGCCCCGCGUCUCAAGAUGCUGAGCGACAUUGCCAAUGCCUUCUUGGGCACCAUCAUCGAAGGACUGGAGGAGACCCCGUACGGCAUCCGCUGGAUCUGCAAGCAGAUCAGGAGUCUCUCGAGAAGAAAAUACCCCGAUGCUCAGGACCACACCAUUUGUACGCUGAUCGGCGGCUUUUUCUUCCUGCGAUUUAUCAACCCGGCCAUCGUUACCCCACGGUCGUACAUGCUCAUCGACGGAACUCCUGCCGAGAAGCCCCGUCGCACCCUGACGCUGAUUGCUAAAAUGCUGCAGAACAUCGCGAACAAGCCAUCGUACGCGAAGGAGCCGUACAUGGCGAAAUUGCAGCCGUUCAUCCACCAGAACAAGGAACGAGUCAACAAAUUCCUGCUCGACCUCUGCGAAGUCCAGGACUUUUACGAGAGCCUGGAGAUGGAUAAUUACGUCGCUCUCUCGAAACGAGACCUCGAGCUCCAAAUCACACUGAACGAAGUCUACGCCACACACGCCCUACUGGAAAAGCACACCGCUGCCCUGGCGGCAGACCAGCACUCGCAUCUCCACGUCCUGCUACAGGAACUUGGACCCGCGCCCGCCCAGCUGCCGCGCAAGGAGAACCGCACCAUUAACCUCCCCCUAUUCAGCAAGUGGGAAACGCCCAUCGACGACCUGACCGCCGCCCUCGAUAUCACACAGGAGGAAAUCUACUUCAUGGAAGCCAAAUCCACCUUCGUACAGAUCCUGCGGUCCCUGCCCGCCAACUCGGUCGUCACCCGACGCCCACUGCGGCUCGACCGCAUCGCCGAAGCGGCCGCGACGCUCAAGAACGAUGCGGUCAUGGUGCGCAAGGGCAUCCGCACGAUGGAGCUGCUCAGCUCGCUGCAGGAGCUGGGCGUGAUCGACAAGUCGGACGACUUCAGUCUGCUGCGCAACGAGGUGGAGCAGGAGCUCGUGCACCUGGGGUCGCUCAAGGAGAAAGUGCUGGAGGAGACGCGGCGGCUGGACGAGGUGUACCGCACGAUCCGCGACCACAACACGUACCUGGUCGGCCAGCUGGAGACGUACAAAUCGUACCUGCACAACGUGCGCAGCCAGAGCGAGGGCAAGCAGCGCAAGCAGCAGAAGCACCAGGAGCUGGGGCCGUACAAGUUCACACACCAGCAGCUGGAGAAAGAAGGCGUGAUCCGCAAGAGCAACGUGCCCGAGAAUCGGAGGGCGAAUAUCUAUUUUAUGUUCAAGAGUCCGUUGCCGGGGACGUUUGUGAUUAGUCUGCACUACAAGGGACGCGCACGGGGCCUCCUCGAGCUCGACCUCAAACUCGACGACCUACUGGAGAUGCAGAAGGACAGCCAGGAGGACCUGGACCUCGAGUACGUGCAGUUCAACGUGUCCCGGGUGCUGGCGCUGCUCAACAAGCGCUUUGCCCGCAAGAAGGGCUGGUGA